GUGACCGAGGUGACCGGUGAAGGUGUCAAGUUAUUUCCAUUCGAAACCGAUUACUUGUGAGACUUUUGUGAAGGAUCUUAAUUUUCCAUCGUUGGACACGAUGUAAAAGAGCUCAAAAGAGGAGGUUAGCCAGUUAAAUGAGCAUCAUCGAUGAAGAUAAUGGCUUCGAGGGCAACGACAAAAAGGGUGAAUCCGAACCAAACCUUCAGUGGUCUCCAUUCAAGCAAUAUGAUCAGCUUAACAGAAAAACUACAAGAAUUGAUAUCAACCUAGUUAAAUCUGUGAUUGAUAAUACUUUCCCUGAUACAGAACUUAAAGAUGAAAGAGAGUGCAAGGACCUUGAAGCACUUGUUAAUGUCCCUUGCUUGGCAAAACUUGUUUGUAAUGAUAAACCUCUUUCUUUGGGAAACAAUCCUACUAUAUCUGAAUGUGCUUGUGGAAGUCUAGCAAAGAGGGAAUGUGUUUGUUUAUGGGAAAGCUUGCAAAACAGCUUCUUUCGAAAGACAACUAUUCAAGCUACUGAGGUGACUUGGCGGAGGAACUUUUUACAUCUAUUUAGCCUGGGAACAGAGGUAGAAUCAAGGUUUGGGAAAGGUUUUGCAUUGGAUGUCUCACAAGAUCUGAAUGAUAAGCAUCCUAUUUAUGGUGGUUCAGGAAAGCUCCGAAAUGGAUUUUAUGUUUCUUCAAAUGGACUUGUGUUCUCAAGUGAGAUUAAGACAAAAGCAGAAGAAAGGAAGCUUCUUUCUCAUAGGAUGGAAAGUGUCGAGUCUGAUCAGGAUGAAACACCUAACGAAAAUCAACUGCUAAACAAAGAAAACAAAGCUAAGGAUAAAACAGAACGAAAAUCAGGAUUGUUUGCAUCAUUGAGUGCCUCCUUGUGUGCAGCAAGGUCUGGGAUUCAAGGACUUUUGGAAAGAUCCUCACCAAAGGAGCAAAGGCGCUCAACCAGUGUUGUACCCACAGGAGACAGUGAUGGUGAAGAUGAUACAGAAAAGUUGACACAGAAACCAAAUUUGCCAAAUCCUGAUGUAGAUGGCUUUGAUAAUCAUGACGAAUUUACAAGACAAAUGGAAGCAAAGGGAGGUUUAACUUACCAGAGUGCUGACAGAACAGUUCACCAAUUGUCCCAUGAUUCUUUGCCUCCUCCACUCUCUCUUCAGUCAUUUCAAGCUGAAAAUCAAGCUGGCAAAUAGAAUUUACAAUAUAUGUUUAUUGAUUAAAAUAAUUACUUUGUUACUGGCCCAAGUUAUUCAACCAGUACAAUACCUUUUUGUCUCAUCUUGCUUAUGAUAUCAUGCUCAAGGGUGCAACAUCUAUGGUGAAACUCAGAAAAACCUUGAGGGCUGGCAAUACAGAUUAAUUAUCAGGCAUGAUAUAUCUUUACUGAACACAAUAUGGAUGAGUAGUUUGUUAUGUUGAUAUAUGCUCACAUGUCCUUAUCAUCCACACAGUUAGUCACUUGUGGGAGCUCUUUUGUCACAACAGGAUAAACAAUUUUGGGGUGUCUUUCAGGUGUUCAUGGUUUUCUGAGUUUGACAAGAACCCUUUAAUUCCCAGAGAUGAUUGGUACAGAGAUUCUCUACACACUAUCAGUACAUUAUCAGCAAAUAGGUAACAAGAAUAGACAAACCUAUCAUUAGGAGGAUGAAAUUUUGAUAUAACAUAAUUUACAAAGAGGAGCUCAGAAUAGACAAAGUUUGCACCCUUAGAAGGCGUGAUCAUGAUGCAACAAAAAUAUUCUUCCCAAAUCUGAAGAAGAGAAUUACUCAUUAGAUCUCAAGUCUAAAGGGUUAAAUAUCAAUAAUAUAUGUUUUCGGUUAGUAAUUAAUUGUAGGGCUCUGCACUUGAUUUCAUUCUGACAGUUUCUUAUGUUCAAGA